CCAUAUUAGUAUCCCAAAAUACAAACUAUAAAUAAACAGCAGGCAAAGGAACUAUGAAGAAAGUUUUAUAAUCUUUUGGCUUUAUUGAUCGUUAAACUUCCUUAAUAUCAUGGGCUCUCAUCAUUCACAAUUUAGCGAAGAAGAACUUAGAGAUUAUCAGGAGCUCACGUAUUUUACACAAAAAGAGAUUCUUCAUGUCCACAAACGGUUCAGUCAACUCGACCCAGAGGCUGUACGACGAGAUAAGAAUGCCAAACUACCAAUGAGAUUAAUACUUACGUUGCCGGAAUUACAUGUAAAUCCUUUUCGAGAUCGGAUAUGUAAAGUGUUUUCAUCUUCUGGUGAUGGAGCUUUGACAUUUGAAGAUUUUCUGGAUAUGAUGUCUGUGUUCAGUGAGGCUGCUCCAAAAAGUGUCAAAGUUGAAUAUGCAUUUAGGAUAUAUGAUUUCAAUGAAGAUGAUUAUAUAUGUGAGAAUGACUUGAAGAAAAUGAUCACAAAACUUUGUGGAGAACAGAGAUUGCCUGAGGAUAGCAUCCAAAAUGUCAUUGAUAAAAUAUUUAUUGAAGCAGAUCUGGAUGAAGAUAACCAACUCUCAUUUGCAGAAUUUGAACAUGUCAUAUCAAAAGCUCCAGAUUUUGUAGAUGCCUUUCGUAUUCGAAUGUAAUAUAUGGUUUAUGGAUGUUUGACUGAAGAACAUUUUAUAAAUUGUGUAAAAUAGUACUUUUGUAGCAAUUAUAACCAGCAAGCCUUCAGGGAUGGUUGACAUUCAUUAGUUUCAGCUCUAAACUAUUUAUUAUGUAUCACUGCUAGUUUGAUAUGAUUUUGCUGCUCUAUACUGUUAAUUUAAUUGAUCAUGUAUAGUGUGAUAGAGUAUUUUUAUAAAAAUAAAAUGCUGUGACAUGUAUUAAUCAUU